AAGAGUCAUGGUGAAGAAAUCUAUAGGUUAGAGGGAUUCGUCUUCUCAAAUCCUGCAAGAAACACCUUUGCUUUAGCUUUCUUUCUCGAUGAAGAAAUUAUUCAACGAAAGGUCGUUGAAGAUUUCUAACAACUAGGAUACACGGCUGAAAUCAGCAUCAACACUCAAUUUAUCAAAUCAAAAGACAAAAUCAAGGCAGAGAUAGCAUGUGGAAAUCAAGAGUUCGAGUUCAGUGGCAAUGGGACUUGUGCUUUUGAAAUCGACGUUGAUUUUCUCCAAUUCAAGAAAUGGAAAAGAUUUUUCUUCUCUCUCGAAUAUGGAAAUCACGAUUUUAAGGCAAUUCAGAUAAAGUGCAAUCUUCACAAGAACGGCACUCUUCUAGAUGGGAACCAAUCUUUCAACUAUCCCUGGAUUUGGGAAUCGGCUCAUUCGCAACAUAAGAGUCGCAAAAGAUCAACAAAUGAUCAUAAUCGAACGGUCAAAUACUUUUGUCUAAAAAAAUAUUGCUUGAAAUCUGUGGUUAUAAAUAUAAUGCAACCUGCUGAUGAUUCUUUCGAAAAUUUUAACAUUGUCAAAUAUUAAAUUAUUUCCCAGUGGAGCGGUUGCCACUAAAUCAGUUCAAUUCUUCAAAUGUAGAUGAAAUUUCUUACAUUAAUAUCAGAGCUUUUAUUCUUAUUUACAGCUUCGGGGCCAACAGACAAGCGACCAUCUCCAGGAGGCGGAAGUAGUUUUGCACAUUCAGAAAAUCCUAAAGAAAGAGCUAUUCGGAAACAACAUAAAAGCAAUAACAGCAACGCAGAACAGCCUCAAAACGCCCUUCUUAGCGUCUUAGAAGGCGCAAGUUCUGGAAGUGCCACUAUUCAAGGAUGUCACAUAUUUCAAGGUUGCACGUUUAAAGACAAAUUCAAAACAUCGUCAUCACCGGAAGAAGACCUUGAUUAA